AUGAGCAAAUCAGGAGACGAUAUGUCGAUCACUAGAUCACGAAACCAUGAUUGCUAUGAGCACUAUGAGUUGAAAAAGUAUAAAAAGUUCUUCAACUGCGACGGCUGCAAGAUGAAAGGGUUCGGAGAAAGGUACACGUGCAAUCCUUGUGGUCGCGAACUACACAAAGAGUGUAGGCACCCCCAACCUGAAGUUUCCCACGAGAAUUUUGCUGGUUCCGUCUUCAUAUUUCGCAAUGAACCAUUCACUAAACCGAAUAAAAAGAAUGGCAAAGACUUUUCGAAGUGCUGCGAUGCAUGUGGAAAGGACAUUUGCGGUUUUAACUACCACUGUGAAGCAGACAACAAGGAUUUACACCCAUGUUGUCGAAAACUUGAAAAGAAACUAGUGAUUGAUGGUACGAUAUUUAAUCUUGAGACAAAGGUUUCAUCAAAAUGCGGCACGAAACCUAAUCCUUGGAGACGACCAGAACCAGAAAGAACGCUGCAGUCAUUUGAUGAAGGGUACUCACACCUUUUUGGAAAUGAUAAUCUUAUGGUCAUCAAAGAUGGAAAAUCCGUUCACAUCUCUUUAGAUGAAAGAACAUGUUUUGAAUUUGUUUCGCAAGACCUUUACCUUCGUGGGUUUUUCAAUGCUUCUAUUAAACUACCUAUGGAUUACACAUUUGCACUGCUAGUGUUGUCGACGUGUCGUUGCAUUUUAUAUCUCUUUGAAUUUUCUGUUGCUGAAAACUCAAAACUCUUGCUGAAAUCUGGGAAAAAUUCUUUAUGGUGA